AUGGUCUUCCCUCCUCCGCCUCCUCCUCCUCCACCACCACCACCACCACUCCUUAAAAAACCCAUUACCAGCCCCGACACAGACGACAAAAACAAGUACCCUAACCCCACUGCUGUCACAACCACCGCAAGAAUUACCGCCACGCCCACCACCAUAACACCCUCCGCUCAAGACACGUUUCUUUCCAGGUCCACCCAUCUCGCGCGCCCAGAAGUCCUCAAACGCCGCAUACACAACCUCAAACACCUAUCUAAGGUCUACAGAGACCACUACUGGUCUCUUAUGGAAGACCUUAGAACCCAAUACAGAGAUUAUAUGUGGAAGUACGGUUUAAGCCCUUUCAAAGAAGAUAAUCAUGAGGAGAGAGAAUGUGCUAACGAAACUGACAACGGCGUCGUCGAAGGCACUGGUGAGUCCAAUGCGAGUGGAAACAAUCAUUUUUGUGCGUUUUAUGGGUGCAAAUUGAAGGCCAUGGCUUUGACUAGCUUUUGUCAUCUCCAUAUUCUCUCGGAUUCUAAGCAGCAGCUCUAUAAGCCCUGUGACUAUGUCAUCAAGAGUUAUUUGUGUUGUUGGUUUUGGUUCACAUGGAAUGCUUUUGACCGGAAAAUAUUGGCCUCUGAUGUGUUGAUCACGAAAUUCUUACUCUUUCCGGAGUCAUGGUCCAAUAAUGAUGCAAAUAGGAGCAGCAACAGCACAGUUUUAUAG